UCAGAAACCAUGCCUAAAAAGGUUCUACCAUUACCAAGAUUUGUUUUCCAUGACGUCGACAAACCAAGUAAAAUCGAUGAGAUGAUGAGAAAACAACAAAGCAAUUUCAAAGCUCUAGCUCGAACUAUUUCUCAAAUUAAUUUGAACGUUUUAUCUGAAAAAUGGGAAUUUCAAGAUGUUUUGAAGAUUAUUGAAUCACGUUGGGCUGCAAUAGAUUCGUUACAUUGGGAAAUUGACAGUAACUUAGAAUUUGAAGACAAGACAUAUGAUGAACUAUUUAAUCGCUAUGAAAAUGAGUACUACGACAUUAAGAAGUCUAUUAACAACAGGAUGUGGGACACCAACCAUAGAGAGAAGUCUAUACCACACAUAGAUAUACCAAUAUUCAGUGGCAACUACCAACAAUGGAUAUCCUUCAAAGAUUUAUUCCUAGAAGCCAUUCAUAAAAAUAAAUCUAUGUCUAGAGCUCAAAAGAUGCAGUUUUUGAAGAGCAAGCUACGUGGAGAGGCUGAAAAGCUCAUUCAACAUCUUCACAUUAGUUCAGAGAAUUACCAGACCUGUUGGGACAUAUUGAACCAGAGAUAUAAUAAUAAGAAAUUAAUUUUCAACUCACAUAUGAACACGCUCAUGUCAUUACCAAUUAUACAUCAACAGACCGCAUUUAACAUAAAAAGGCUCCACGAUACAACCAAUGAAUGCCUCAACGCUAUAAAAAACCUAGGUGUAGAUAUAACGACCUGGGACCCCAUGAUUGUAUACUGCAUGGCACAGAAACUUGACGCCGAGACCUACAACGAUUAUAUUGACUCGCUACCAGAACCAAGAGAUCUUCCAUAUUUAAAAGAUUUCCUAUCAUUUUUAGAAGGGAAAUUUAUUGCACUAGAGACUGCUCGCCGAAAAAGUGAGACAAACAAAUACUCACAAUCUACAUCUAAUGAAAGACACCAGUAUAACCAAAAUAAUUAUACCAACAACAAUCAAUAUAGGACACCAAAGGAAGGAAUUUAUAGACAUCCAAAUGCUUGGAGACAGAUUGACAAUAAACCCUUUAUUAACCACUCCACCACCAAUACAUCCCAAAAAUGUUUCAUCUGUAAUGAGGAUCAUGUUUUGUAUAUGUGUACCAAAUUUCGAGAAUUAACCAACCAAGAAAAACGGAAAGCGAUUUCUCAAUUGAAUAUAUGCAAAAAUUGCCUAAUCAAUCAUAAUGGCAGAGAUUGCAAUUCACAAAAAACAUGUCGCAUUUGCAACGAAAAGCAUAACACGCUAUUGCACAAUGCUUACACGUAUAAUCGUCCAGUUGCCAACCCAAGUUUUAACAAUCAGCGUCAUCAACCAAAUUAUGUGUCACACGUGUCGAACGAUCACCAGUCAAUGACCGACGUUUUGUUAGCAACCGCCCAAGUUAAUGUCUUAGCAGCUGAUGGAACUUACAAGACUAUGAGAGCCCUCAUUGACCAAGGAUCUCAAACAUCAAUAAUAUCUGAAAAUGCAGCACAACAACUUGGAAUACCACGCCAAAGAUGUAAAGGCGUUAUCUUUGGCAUUGGAGCGAAAGAAAACACUUGCAAGGGCGUUAUUACCAUUACCGUAGCAUCAUUACAUAAUGACUUCACCAUGGACACUGAUGUUUUCAUAAUGCGAAACCUCAUCAAAAAGUUACCAAAUCAAUCCUUCAGCAAGCCCUCAUGGCAAUAUCUCGACAACAUACAACUUGCUGACCCCGAUUUUAACCGAAGCCGUCCGGUUGACCUAUUACUUGGUGCCGAUGUAUACUCUCAAAUUAUGUUACACGGGAUUAUAAGACAAGACCAAUCCCAACCUAUUGCACAACAAACGCAAUUAGGGUGGAUACUGUGUGGAAAUAUCAAAUCUUAUUACUGUAAUGUUAUUCUGAACAACUAUGACGACAUACAAAAAUUUUGGGAGAUAGAAGACUUGACAAACAAGCAAGAUAAUCAAUCAACUGAAGACUUAUAUUGCAUACAACAAUACCAAACAGAAACAAAACGCCAACCAGAUGGUCGUUAUGUCGUCAGAUUACCUAUGAAACCAGAUGCAGAUGAAAAACUAGGAGAAUCUAAAUCUAAAGCCAUCGCUCAAUUUUACCAAUUAGAAAAGAAAUUAUGUAAAAAUAACCAAAUAGCAAUUGGAUACAAACAGUUCAUGAAUGAAUAUUUUAAUCUCGGCCACAUGAAAAUAAGCCAUAAUAACCAAGAAAUAGAAUGUUUUUUACCACACCACUGUGUCGUACGGUCUGAGUCAACCACUACUGCAAUCCGAGUCGUAUUCAACGGAUCAGCAAAAACGGCCACUGGACUAAGUGUGAAUGACCUUAUGUACAGCGGACCGAACUUACAACAUGACCUCCUUUCAGUAAUAAUUAAAUGGAGACAAUAUAAAAUAGGAUAUGUAGCGGACGCAGAAAAAAUGUACAGACAAAUCCUCAUAAAUGAAGAUGAUCAGCGAUACCAGAAAAUCAUAUGGAGAGAUUCGCCAAAUAAACCACUUCAAGAGUUUCAAUUAACCACGGUUACUUAUGGAACAAAAGCCGCUCCAUUUCUAGCCCUCAUGACCAUGCAACAGUUAGCGAAAGAUGAAGCUCACAGAUAUCCAGAGGCAGCCAAAGCAUUACAGAACAACCUUUAUAUGGAUGACUUAUUACACGGUCAACAUAACCUUGAAGAUGCUGAAAAUCUAAAAACCCAAUUAAUAGAGUUGUGCAAAGCAGGGGGAUUCAAUUUACGGAAGUGGAAAUCAAACGAACCAAAAUUAAUAGAAAGAGAUGUGAAUGAUAAACAACAACCAUUUGAAUUUAAACAACAGGAGUCAACCAAAACCUUGGGACUGAAAUGGACACCAUCAACAGACAAAUUUAGUUUUGAUAUAAAAAUCUCAUUAUUACCAACUUUACAGAUAACCAAACGGGAGCUACUCUCUGAAAUAUCGAAAGUUUUUGACCCUCUGGGAUGGCUGUCCCCUGUGACCACCAAGUUGAAACUGCUAUUUCAGUCAAUAUGGCAAUUAGACCUUAACUGGGAUGAUAAUUUACCAGAAAAUAUUAACCAAGAAUGGAAUGAAAACAAAACAGACUUACAACUUAUCAACCAAACACAAAUACCAAGAUGGUUAAAAUGCCACAAAAGUGAUAAUAUAGAGUUACACGGUUUUUGUGACGCUUCAACCAAGGCGUACGCCGCUGUGAUUUUCUGCAAGACUCCCUCCUCCGUGACCCUUGUAGCCGCCAAGGCUCGCCUCGUGCCUAUAAAGAAAGAUGUGACGUUACCAAGAUUAGAGUUAUGUGCUGCUCAAUUAAUGACAAACUUGAUGAAAACUGUUCAAACAUGUCUAUCAGAACUCAACGUUAAAACCUUUGGAUGGUCGGAUUCUACGGCGGUGUUAGGGUGGAUUAAUGGCGACCCAAGCCGUUGGAAACCGUUCGUGGCCAACCGAGUAACUAAAAUCACAGAAAUAUUACCAGCAGAACAAUGGAAUUACGUCAAAUCCAAUGAAAACCCCGCAGAUUGUGCCAGCCGAGGCAUUAAGGCCGCACAACUUAUUGAACAUCCAAUUUGGUGGAGUGGACCUGAGUGGCUUUCAACAUUUGAUGAGAAAUCUAUAGAAAAGAAACCAAAAUACACAACACAAGAAGAAACCAAAAAACAGCUUCAAGUCAACGUUAUAACCAAACCAUAUGAAAAUGACGUCAUCGGUAACUUGAUCACCGAUAACAGCAAUUACUCACGAGUGUGUCGUGUUCUCGCGUGGGUAUUACGCGCAUUUUCACGUGAUCAAAACAAACCAUCGUAUUUAACCAUUGGAGAGCUUCAGAAAGCGAAUAAUUUAUUAGUGAAACAUGUACAACAAACUGAAUUUUUGGAAGAAAUUACCAACAUUAAUAACAAAACCAAAUUGAAUCCGAAAAGUCGUUUAUUACCAUUAAAUCCAUAUUUGGAUACUGAAGGUGUGUUGCGAGUCGGUGGGAGAAUUAACCAUGCCAAUAUUAGUGAGGAAAUGAAACACCCAAUUAUAUUACCAAACAAUAACCAUCUAACUGAUAUCAUCAUUGACCACACGCAUAAAAUGACUUACCAUGGAGGACCUCGGCUCACGUUAGCGUGGCUGAGAAGAAAAUUCUGGAUUAUUGGGAGUAAUAACGCCGUGAAAAAACGUCUACGUCAAUGCAUUACCUGCCGCCGAGCUAAAUUUGAAAACAAAGAUCAAUUAAUGGGAGACUUACCAGGUGCACGGACGAACCAAACACGACCUUUUUACCACACAGGGGUUGAUUUUACCGGCUUUGUCGAAGUGAAAUGCAACAAAGGUCGAGGCAUAAAAUGCAGCAAGGGAUACAUAGCAGUUUUCGUGUGCUUAGCCACCAAAGCAGUACACCUGGAACUGGUAUCUGACCUUACUUCAUCAGCAUUUAUAGCCGCCCUAAGAAGGAUGACAGCACGACGAGGCGCCCCAAGACACAUGUAUAGUGAUAAUGGAACGAAUUUUGUGGGAGCUAACAAUACCAUACAACAAGAAUAUUUCAACUUAAAACAAACCAUGGAUGAUAACAUUUACCAAAGUCUAGCAGAAAUGCAAAUAGAAUGGCAUUUUAAUGCACCAUCCUGGCCAAGUGCAGGAGGUAUCUGGGAGGCUGCCGUCAAGAGCCUCAAAUACCAUCUACGUAGAGUACUUGGAGACCAAAAACUUACCUACGAAGAAUUUUCUACUCUAUUAACACAGUUAGAAGGCUGUUUAAACACACGACCAUUAUGUGCAAUUUCAGAAGAUCCAGAUGAUCUGGACUUCUUGACACCAUCUCAUUUCCUCAGCAGUGGACCAGUAUUAACUCUAAUCGAAACUGAAAAAGACCAACGUACCAGAUGGCAACUUACCCAAAAGAUUUACCAUGACAUUUGGAAAAGGUGGCAAUCAGAAUAUUUGACGCAAUUAAAUGCAAGAUCAAAGUGGCAUCAUACCCAAAACAAUAUUAAGGUGAACGAUGUUGUAAUCGUCCAAGAUGUACACGUGUUGCCCGGAAAGUGGGCACUCGGACGAGUGUUAGAGACUCACCCUGGUAGUGACGGUCUAGUCAGAGUAGUCACAUUGAAAACCAAGGGAGGUAUAUUGAAAAGACCAAUAACCAAAUUGUCUAUUCUACCAAUUAACCCUAAAGAAAACCAAAACACAUCGCAAAAACCACCCCAACCAAAACCAGAGAUGACAUCAAAUGUUAAUGAAACCAAACCAAGUAAGCCAACCAUGAACCUGAGAAAUAAAACAAAGACUGUUAGUUUUCUAUCCAUGGCACUUAUUUUUCUUAUGCUAUUAGCCACACCAGCACAUUGCGAGUCGUACCAUACGACCAACCUGAAAGAAAAUCAAACCAUAUAUUUUGACAAAAUCAGUAAUAUGAGACAAAUAAGAGACGAAUGGAAGCUGGUAGUAUUUUAUGAUAUGAACGCAUACUGGGACGGGACAUCUUUAGUCACAAAAUACAUAGAUUAUUUAGAAAAACUCUGCCAAAAAAUACCAUCGCACUGCCAACUAGUAUUGCUACAUCUUCGCCAUAGUUUAGCAGAUUUCGAACACUAUAAUGAGAUUUUAAUCAACCAUGGACAACUGCCAGAAAACCACCACCGUCGUCGCCGUGGCCUCGUGAAUGCCAUAGGUUCCAUCGCCCAUACUCUGUUCGGAGUACUCGACGAUGACUUCGCACAACAAUACCAGAAAGACCUAACCAAGCUUCGACAUGACCAAAAAUAUCUACACCAGCUAUUGAAAAACCACACAUCGAUAAUAGAAUCUGAGUACAACGUUAUAAAACGAAUGGAGAAAACUAUCGACCAGCAACAUAAAGCAUUUAACCAGCAUUUGAACCGCCUAGAUCAACUUGCCAACACCAUGCAAAAGCAAAUACAAGAAAACUCAGAUGCCAAUGAGUUCGCAUUAUCAUCAAUCACAGCAAACGGAAUACUUAUGAACCUCAAAGACAUACAGCAAAUGUUAUUAACCACCAUCACUGAUAUCUUUCAUGGAAAGUUUAAUAUACAUCUGUUACAACCCCAACAACUGACUACAGAACUUCAUAUGAUCUCGGGACAAAUUUCCAAAGAACUAUCAUUACCAAUCGACAACAUUCAAACCGACCUAAUGAAAAUCUACCAUUUAUUAACUGUCAAGGCCCGAUUUACACAAGAAUUUCUGAUCUUCGAGAUUAAAAUACCAUUAGUAGGCAGAGAUAACUUUGAAAUCUAUAAAUUAAUACCAAUUCCUAUGAAAAACGAAAAUCAAAUGCACAAAGUAAUUACUGUGGCAGACCUGUUAGCAAUUAAUAUACAAAAAGAUCUACAAAUACCAUUUUCCGAUUUGCAAUUACAACAAUGCAGUAACUAUGACUCUGAAACAUUACUGUGUGCCCAUCAAAUACCAAUAUCUAUGACUAAAACCGAUCAAAGUUAUUGUGUUAAAGUAAAUGAGUCACUAAGUUGUAAAACAGAGAGCACAAAAUGCAAAAACACUUGGAUGCAACUACACAAAGUAAACAAUUACUUGUACUCAUGUUGCAGUGAAUGCACCAUUCAAAUCAUAUGUGACUAUCAAGUUACCAUCGAGCGACUCAGCAAGGUCGGGAUACUCGCCUUGGAAAGUGGAUGCGUCAUCAAGGACGACGGGAUCACCUUGCUGUCACAUAACAAACAAUCGACCAAUGACAUUAAAAUGAAACCAGAUAUUCUUAAUAUUGAAAUUCCAUCAAUAAAUAACAUUGUGAACGUUACCAUGAAUAUAACACCGCUAACCAGCACAAACCAAGAAACUGAUAUUGACAAGGAAUUAGAGAUUAUUGGAAAGAAAAUAGAACAAAUAAAGAAUAAUACCAAGGAAGACUUAGACGACACAUCCUUCGACAACCAUGAUUUGCACCACUACAUAGCCAUCUACCUCCUGACGGGUGCCGGCCUCGUGACUGCUGUGGCCUACGGCGUGCGGAGGAUCCGCGCGCGCGCCCAGUGGCCGGCAGCUGAGCAGGCGCCGCCGCAGCCGCAGCCCCGCGCCCGCGCUACUGCCCUGCACCGCAGUGCUAGUGCAAGUGACCAGUGUGAUAGUGCGAAUGUCCAGUGUACUAGUGCAAGUGACCAUGUGUAUGCUAAAGUGAAAAAAGUGAAAUUACCAAAUUCUUUUAAUUUUAGUGUUGUUGAAUAGAGACUAUAAGAAUUGAAUUUUUAAGUUUACCAUGUUAUUAUUAUCACCUUGUAAAUUGCACCAAUUUAUUGUUUUAUCAUCUUGUAUCACCUUGCACCCUCAUUUGCUUAUUCUUUCUCCCUCGGGAAUAUGUACGAAGUACAGUGCAUUCAACUCGCCCGUAAGCGCGCGGUCAGCAUUUACCAAUCUGACCCAAUUUUAACCUUUUCAUUAUUUUAAUAUCUUUAAGUUAGUUCACGUUCGGUUACCAUCGCCGCGUGUACUCAGCAUACCAUUUAACCAUUUU